GCUUCCCCGCCUCAUCGCAAGUUCCAGACCGCCCCGCAUAGCGGCUCAGGAAACUGGCUGGGCACCUCCAUCACGCUCCUAGCAGCGCAGGCUCUCUGGCGAUCGCCGCAAGGGAAGAGCUGGCAAGGUCGCCAAGAUACUGCUUUGCCCAGGUCUUCAGGACCAACACUGGCGGCCGGGUUUGAAGCUACUCGACCUGGACGCCGUCGGAAGUGGGUGUACUUCAUCCGCCACGGAGAGGCUCUGGUCAACGCUGCAGGCCGCGUCUUUGCAAAGGACGAUCCGCGCAAGAAGGCCGUGCGACAGGACAUGCAAUACUUCGACUCGCGCUUAUCUGAGAAGGGGCUGGAGCAGGCGCGAGCCCUCCGUGCUUCAGUGCCCAAAGUUGAUAUUGUCGCCGCCUCUCCGCUGACCCGAGCUCUGCAAACAGCAACAGCUGUCUUCGGCUGUGAUGAGCCCGGCGGACCCAAGUUGCAUGCUGUGGAGGCGCUGCGCGAGUUCUGUGGGAAGCAGUACCAGCCUUGCGAUUCCCGACGACCUACCGAGGAGCUGAAAGCAGACUUCCCUCAUGUCGACUUCUCCCAGGUGCCACCAGGUGCAGAUGAUCUGCUGGGGCCUGGAAAGGUCGAAAGCAUCGAGAGUGUAGAUGCCCGGAUUCAAAAGCUGUUUACUUGGCUUCGAGACCAACCGCACGAAGCAGUGGGCUGCGUGGCCCAUUUCCAAAUUCUCAGCCGGAUCUUCGCAGAACACUUGGAGCCCGCCGGUUUAGACGGCUCCUGCUAUGGACCCUAUGCGAACCUGGAG